AAAAGAUUUGAUCUUUUGUUCUUGUUUGGGUUUAAAAGAGUAAACGAUACUACGAUGCAAAGAGUACACAACAAACCGAUUGAUUCAAUCGGAGCUGUUAAACACUUGAUCAAACAGAGCAACAACGGCGGCGACGGUGGUGGAGUGACGGCGGCGAAUAUGCAAGAACCGAGUAUCGAGACUGAUAAGCUAAGCUACGAGAUUUUCUCUAUUCUCGAAAGCAAGUUUCUUUUCGGGUACGAUGAUGAUGACUCUAAGCUUAUGGAAUCAAGAAGCAGAGACCCGAGUCCUGAGCAAGAAACGGUGGUAGUGGAAGCUUUAAACGGCGUCGUUCCUGGUUCGAUCAAGAACCAGAGAGGUAAAGUUUGUGUUUUGAGUAUCGACAGUGGUGGUGGGAUGAGAGGGAUCAUACCCGGGAAAGCUUUGGCGUAUUUGGAACACGCUCUCAAAUCUAAAUCGGGUGAUCCGAAUGCCCGAAUCGCCGAUUACUUCGACGUUGCUUCCGGUUCCGGUAUCGGCGGUAUUUUCACGGCGAUGCUUUUCGCGUCGAGUGAUGGUAACCGUCCGAUCUUCAAAGCGGAGGACACGUGGAGGUUUUUAGCUAAGAAAGGUAAAAGCUUUUACGGCAAAUCGUCGCAGGGGAUUUUAAACCGGGUUAUGAGAACCGGGUCGGGUGGGUCGGGUGGUUCGAAGCUUCUUGAGAAAGCUAUGAAGGAGUCGUUCGAGGAGCUUACGCUUAAGGACACGCUUAAACCGGUUUUGAUUCCUUGCUACGACCUCACUAGCUCUGCGCCGUUUUUGUUCUCACGUGCUGAUGCGUUGGAAACGGACGGUUAUGAUUUCAAGCUGUGGGAGGUUUGUAAAGCCACGUGGGCUGAGACUGGAGUUUUUGAGCCUGUGGAGAUGAGAUCAGUUGAUGGUAAGACUCGGUGCGUGGCGGUUGAUGGUGGUUUAGCUAUGAGUAAUCCUACGGCUGCUGCGAUCACUCAUGUGUUGCAUAAUAAACAAGAGUUUCCGUUCGUUAGAGGUGUUGAGGAUUUGCUUGUGUUGUCACUUGGUACUGGACAGUUGGUUGAUGUGAAGUAUGAUUGUGAUAAGGUUAUGAAGUGGAAGUCUAAGCAUUGGGCUCGACCUGCGGUUCGGAUCUCUGCUGAUGGUGCGGCUGAUACUGUGGACCAGGCUGUUUCUAUGGCGUUUGGUCAGUGCCGUAGGUCUAACUACGUUCGUAUUCAGGCGAAUGGUUCAAGCUUCGGUCCAUGCAAACCGAAUAUAGACACAGACGCAAGUCCAAGCAAUGUGAAUAUGCUUGUGGGAGUAGCAGAGGAUAUGCUAAAGCAGAAGAACACAGAGUCGGUUCUGUUUGGUGGUAAAAAAAUUAAUGAAGAGAGCAAUUAUGAGAAGCUGGAUUGGUUAGCCGGUGAACUUGUGCUUGAACACCAGAGGAGGAGUUGUAGAAUCGCUCCCACUGUUGCGUUCAAGCAAUCCGGCGACAGAAGAGCCGAUCAACAGACCAUUUUUAAGGAUAUUGAUUGUAUGUUUUGAUGAUUUUAAAAUUGUAUAGAUUUGUGUUUUUUAAGUUCCGAUAAGAAAGUGAACAUUAUCUUCGAAAUAGGCUUUAAUUAAUCCUAAAGAUUGUAUGUUA